UGCUAAUAUGUAUUAAUGAGUAUUUGAAACCUUAAUUCCAGUUUAAGAACACCUUUUUUUCACUGGGAAAGGGGGAGGGCUGAUUUUAAAGAGAAAAUGCGGAGCCCGAAUGUAGAAAGUGAAAUGCUCUCAGUCUCACCGGAUUGCGGAGUCCAGUGUUUCCCCCAUUUUAGCAUGAAAAAAGUUCUCAAAUUCACCCUAAACACACUCUCUUUGGUGCCUCAGGAUGGAGAAACUGAGGCAUGGAGACACAACAUGAGCUGUCGAGUGAGUCAUGUGUGAGGAAAAGCAUCAAGGAGUUAUGAACCUCAUUGACCUACUGCCACCGCCAGACUACACUUCUUUCUUUUUCUACUUGGGAAAAAUAUUAUAUCAUGUUAAUGGGAGUUUGCGUUGUAUAUAAGUUUCAUUUCCUGGUACCCAGUGAUGGAAAAUAGAAGCAGCAGAAUUAGUGAGCUGCUCGUGCGUGCCCUUAACAACCUCUCUCAUGAAAAUUUCAAAAGAUUUAAAGACAAACUCUUGCACUCUGACUUUGAGGGGAAAGGUAACAUCCCCCGAGGUCGGCUGGAGAAUGCCGACAGGAUAGAUACCAAGAGCCUCCUGAUGGCAUUCCAUGGUGGAGAAGCUGCAGUAGAUAUAACUAUGGACAUUUUCACACAGAUCAAUCUCAGAGAUUCUGCUUCUAAACUAGGAGAAGAAGGAAGGAAAGAUUGGCGUCCAAAUCAAAAAACAUCAGAGUUGUCGGCUAAAGGUUAUAGGAAGAAGUAUAAAGAAGAUGUUUUUAAGAAGUGCAGAGUAAUAAAAGACAUGAACAGUCGUCUUGGUGAGAAUGUGAUUCUAAACACAAGAUACACAAAGCUGACUAUUCUAGACAAACCUCGUCAUGAAAAUGAGAAGGAACAUGAAAUAAUGGCCAUGGGGCGGAGACAUGCAAAAAUCAUGACUAAACAAGCUAGUUCUGUAAUUACUAUAGACACUCUAUUUAAACCUGAUAAAGAUGGACAAACACCACAAAUUGUUGUGCUGCUGGGAGCUGCAGGGAUUGGAAAAACAAUGACAGCAAGAAAGAUCAUGUGCGAUUGGGCAGCUGGAGAACUCUAUAAGGAAAUGUUUGACUUUGUUUUCUACAUAAAUUGUCGGGAAAUGAACCUACUUACUGAGCAGGGAAGUGUGGCUGACCUGAUUUUUAAAAAUUGUUCUAAUACAAAUGCACCGAUUAGAAAGAUUUUGGUGAAGCCAGAAAAACUUCUGUUCUUAAUUGAUGGUUUUGAUGAACUGAGAUUUCCUUUUGAUCAGUCAGAAGAUAACCUAUGCUCUGACCCCUGGGAGAAGAAGCCAGUGGAUAUCAUACUGAGCAGUUUAUUUAGGAAAAUAGUUCUUCCUGAAAGUUAUUUGAUGGCCUUGUAGUGAUUAACUGCCCUGGAGAAACUGGGACAGUGUUUGGAGUGGUCCCGGUAUGCAGAGAUCCUGGGAUUUUCUGAAGCUGAAAGGAGAGAAUAUUUCCACAAGUUCUUUCGAAAUGACAGCCAAGCAAGACAAGCUUUACGAUUUGUGAGAGGAAAUGAAAUUCUCUUCACCAUGUGCUUUGUCCCCAUCGUGUGUUGGAUCAUCUGCACUGUUGUGAAACAGCAGCUUGAAAAAGGUGAGGAUCUUGCACAGACUUCAAAAACAACCGCUGGAGUGUAUAUACUCUACCUUUCCAGUUUAGUAAAGCCUCUAAGAAGCAAUAUGAAGCAACAGAUGCAAGCUAAUCUGAGGGGACUUUGCUCCUUGGCUGCUGAUGGAAUCUGGAAACAAAAGAUACUGUUUGAGGAAGAAGAAAUCAAGAAAUAUGGCUUAGAUAAGAGAGACUCUCUUCCCCUCUUUUUGAAUGAGAAUGUAUUUCAAAAAGACAUUGAUUGUGUGAGUGUCUAUAGCUUCAUUCACAUAAGUUUUCAAGAGUUUUUUGCAAUUUUAUUUUAUGUCUUGGAGAAAGAUGAAGAAACAAGAAAUGAUUCAGGGACUCCCAAGAAAAAUGUAAAAACAUUAUUAGAAAACUAUGGAAACUCUAGAAAUUAUUUAAUGUUAACAGUGCGAUUUCUGUUUGGACUCUUAAAUGAAGAAAGAAUGAAGGACAUGGAGAAAAUAAUUGGCUGUAAAAUUUCACCUAAAAUUAAACCAGAUUUACUGAAGUGGGUUCAAGCAAAACAACAAACAGAUUUAUUCCUUUUUAGUCCCACUGAGUAUGAUGUGGAGAUGUACGAGCAUGACGUGUUUCACUGUUUGUAUGAGAUCCAAGAACAAAAGUUUGUGAAAAGUGCACAGGAAUUCACUGAAGUAAAGUUAAAUCGAAAUAAAUUUACCCAAAUGGAUCAAAUGGUUCUUUCAUUUUGUGUAAAGAAUUGUCAUAGGCUGGAGUCACUUUAUGUGAAUUGCUGUGAAUUUAUGUUUGAAGACCAUGAGGAAGAACUUCCAACACCAACAAAUGGGUUAUAUCAGGAACAGCAUCAGGAUGUUCUGAAGUAUUCUUCUAUUUACCUGCUCUGUCAAGCGCUGAAGGAUCCAAACUGUAAAUUAAAGAAACUACACUUGGAGAGUUGUGGUCUCACAGCAGCUUGUUGCAGGGAUCUCUCCUCUGUUCUCAGUAUCAAACCAGCCCUGACAGAGUUGAACCUGGAGGGGAACAACCUGGGAGAUUCUGGACUGAGGCUACUGUGCGAGGGACUGAAACAUCCAGCCUGCAACCUGCAGAAACUGCAGUUGUGGUAUUGUCAUCUCACAGCUGAUGGUUGCAUGGAUCUCUCCUCUGCUCUCAGAACUAAUCAGAGUCUUACAGAGGUAGACCUGGGACACAAUAAACUGAGAGAUCCAGGAGUGCAGCUGCUGUGCGAAGGACUGACACAUCCCAAAUGCAAACUACACAAAAUAAGAUUGAGGUGUUGCGAACUUGCUGGUGCUUGUUGUGGGGACCUCUCCUCUGUGCUCAGGGCCAACCCGUUCCUGACAGACCUGGAACUGAGUGACAAUGAACUGGGAGAUACGGGAGCACAGCUGCUGUGUGAAGGUCUGAAGCAUCCAAACCGCAGACUGCAGAGACUGCGCUUGAUGGACUGUGGACUCACAGCUGCUUGUUGUGGGGCUCUCUCCUCUGCUCUCAGAGCCAACAAGACCCUGACAGAGCUGGACCUGUGGAGAAACAAACUGGAAGAUUGCGGAGGGAGGCUGCUGUGUGAGGGACUGAAACAUCCUAACUGCAAACUGCAGAAACUACAGGAAGCAACUGCUGGUUCCUUUAGCUUAUGCCUAUCAGAACGGUAA